AUGAGACGACGAAGUCGACUCGAUUCGGAGAUCGAUUGCACAAAGAAUCACGAUGAGAACUCAAGGAUUUUGAUCAGAGAAAGAAACGAGGUACUAAGAUGGAAAUCGUCAGUGGAGAUCAAGACGCCGAAUCUUUUCAUUCCACCACAAAUCGCCACUUUCAUAGAGUCGUUGCCUUUUGCGAAAUUUGCGGUUUCCAAAGAAGCAAAUCGUUUCGCUUUGUUGAGCCAUUCGCCGGAUCGAAAAUUGGAACUUUACAGCUUCGAUAAUCACGUUCCGUAUGCGGAAUCCGAGAUUGAAAUACCUGAUGAUGAUUUUGCGUCCUAUUGCAUGCUUCAUUUCACGAAUUCAUCGCUAUUAUUGUUGGCAACAAGAAGCAAUUGUUUCAUUGAUGUCUUUGAUUGUUAUGGAUACCUUUGUUACACGAUUCCCUUGGAAUGUAAUGAGAACAAUUUCGAUUUAAUGGGAGCUGUUUGUUGUCUGCAAACGGUGGCAAUCGCCUCGAGUUCCGAUGAUCCAAACAAAUUCUACGAUCAUUUAUACGUUCUACAAUAUAACGGAAACUUUUCAAUUUACAAAAUAGGGAAAUUGAGCGGCUACUUUAAAGUGUGCUCACUAAAUCUCAAUGUUGGCCUUUGUGGAUCGUUCUACUUUUUGCAAUCCUGCAAUUUGAUACUUGUAUCGACACAUUAUAAGAAAGCGGACGCAAAACCGAUUGCCGGUUUAAGCACUUUUCGCCUCGUUGAUGGACCGCCGCACGUUGAAGCGAUUCGAGUUGCUAAAACGCAGAGCACGAUGACCACAAUUUUAUCAAGACUUCCUUUCUCGUUUGGCAGUUACGCCUAUCUCUGCUCGAUGACUGUGGAUCAAAACGAGAAAACAUUGUACACGAUAUCGACGUCGGGAGAUCUUUUUGUCUUUGAGCUACCGUCUGCUCGCCUUGCCUACAGUGUGCCUUACAUCUCGGGAUCGAAACCACGACAAGUCGAGUUUGUCGAUGAAGAUGAAGUCUGCGUUCUAUUGUCUUGUGGAUCGAUCAUUCGAGCUACGAAGGAGACUUUGUUCAACACAAUGCAUGAAUAUACAACUGAUGAAAAGUACUCACCCCGAGCCGAAAUUCAAUCGCCAACGAUUCGACAAAUGUUUGCUUUGGAGAACCAAGGUGCUGACACGAUCAUGGAAGAAGUCUCCAAACAGAGAACCCAAUUCACCGUUCGACUGUGGCUUGAAACAAUUUGGAGUGCGUGUAUCCAAUUGAUACGAAUCACUGUCGGAGAUCCGGCAUCACCGUUGACAAAAGCUUCUCGCGUGGAAAUGCUUGAAUUCAUCUUUUCCCAUUCACCAACCAUCACUCUACAAGAGCUUUUUGAGAGAACGUUGAACGAGAAAGACUAUUCUCGAGCGCUCAGUUUGGCUAGUUUCUACACGACAAUCGACUCGGAUAUUGUACGCAAGAAUCAAUGGAAAGAUGCGUGUAAAACAAAUCUUCUGACGAUAGAAAUGAUUGACGACGUUUUGGGACAAAUCAAUGAUGUCGAAUUUCGAGCGGCUGCCUGUUGGGCGAGUAACACAAGCAAUCGAGAUGUGCAACAAGCGUUAAUCACAAUGGGAUUGGAUAUUGGUGAUCUUGCGCCAUUAGAGUCACGAAUUCGGAUCCUUCACUUGGCUCGUCUGAUGGAUGUGCUUAGUGAACAAGAAAUGUUUUUGGAGUUAAGGGAAAGAUCAUUGCUGGAGAUUGCCGUUUAUCUAGCUGAGAGAGUCGAGUUGAGAAUAUUGGAGCAAUUGAUUGAGCACAAUCUCUCGAUUCUUUCGCCAUUCAUCUUAUCAAUUGUUGAAUUCAUCCCACCAUCAGUGUCACCCGAGGAAUAUGAGAUCUUUUUGCCGACAAACGGAGGACCUGAAUUGCAAAUUGUUGAGAAACCGAGUCCAUUCAACAGAAUUCUCAACGAAUUGGCGUUUGAUGAAGAGGGAGAAUUGUAUGUGGAACAAAUGAAUUGCGGAAAUGGCUUUGAUAAUCGAAAGAUUCAAAAGCAAUCUGGGCAACGAAAUUUCGUCGAAUGGCUGAGGCGUCGUGGUGAAGAGAUUGAUGAGGAUUGUGGACUACCCGACAUUGUCAUUCAACUCUACAACAUUGCACAAGAACGGGGAUUUGAUAGUGUGAAUAUUCAAUCAGAGCUCCAAAUCUGGCACCUCUAUCAGAAGCACAUCGAUUUCUGUUCUAGUGUAACGGGAAGUCGAGAGAAAUUCCUCAAAAUGGGACCCGAAGCACUUGUGCAACAGUACACAAAACUUUCCGAUGGUGAGGUUUCACAAUGUUUGGAUCAUAUCAUCGAAUUGAUUGCGUGGAAAAUGGGACCAAAUGAAAUGGACCCUGCUGGUACGACGCGAAAUCUGCUCUCUCCCCUUCUAUUCCAUCUUUUACCGAGUGGAGCUAGGACUUUGUUGAAACUCCACGAACUGAGACCCGAUUUGGCGAACCAAGAACUCACGAUAGCUUGUUUGAAAGAAACACAAAAGACCGGAGAAGAUUUGCUCGAGAUGCUAAAGGAGUUGAAUUUCGAUCGACGAUACCAACUCUGCUUAUCGCAUUUGCUUCGUUACAAUGUGAAGCCGACCUUUUCAACGGUUUUUGAUGCAUUCAACGAUCGGAUGGCAGCGCUGGGAAUUUUCCUGAAAUUUGUGAGCAGCGGCUCUGCACGAUGCAAAACUGAGACUGAAUGGGAGGAAUUGCGGGAUUCGGUUUUGUAUCUCCAAGAGACGGUGUUUCCAAAUCUCGAUCAGCAAGAUGCCCUCGAGAUUCUUGUCAGAGAGUACCUCGCUUGUGAUGAGAUUUACUCCAAGCCCGACUCGUUGCUUCUUUUCCUUGCAUUGAGUCCGUCCAAGGAUACACCAACAAAUAAAUUGAGCUUUUCGAAAAGUAUUCAAACCGUUCUCGAGAAGUGUGAGGAAUUCUUACAAAAUUCGACUGGAAGAAACGAUCAAUUAUUGUCCAAGGCUAGAUUUUUGGCUACCGCUGUCUCACCUAAAUCAAAAGAUGCAACAAGUUUUCUCAAGAAAUUGGAAGUCGUCGAUUUGGCUUUGGAUUUGGGAUACUCAAAGAUGCCGGUUUCAAUUCAGUACAUUGAGCCAAACAUGCUACUGGAAGAGGUUGUCUCGAUUGAGAGAAACUAUAAAUUGGGCAAGAAAGUCGCGAGAUUGGCGGUGGUUCUCGCAGUUGAUACACCUGUUGCGACAGCGCUCUCACUUUGUGCAUUGGAGGCCUUGGAACGAGAUGAUAUCGACGUUGUGCAAAAGUAUUUGGCAGAAAUCAUGGCAAAAGCUCGAGGAAUUGAGAAAGUUUAUCAACUUUGCAUUCAAUUGAUUAAGAUGCCUGUACUGCAAGAGCUUCGAGACGAUAUCUAUGCGUGUGCUUUGUUGAACGCUCCCGGCGAUGAAUUGGAGAAAACAUUGGAGUUGAUAACGCAGCAACAAGAAACCACUUCGACAUCGUUUCUGAAUGAGAAAAACGUGGAGAUCAGCUCGGAUUUGAUUCUCGAUCCGAUGUAUAGUGAGGUAGCACACUACAUUCCAUCAAAGAAAGCCGAGAAAUUCGAGAAAGAUCUUUUCGAGGAGACGAAAAGGGGAAAAGUGAUGUCGAACGAGUGUGCUUUGUUGAUGGCAAAAAUGAGCUCAUCGCAUGCACUCGGAUUGGCUCUAUUGAUGCAUAACGCUAAAAGCAACCCGUGGACAAGCAACGACUUUCUUCUCAACUACGAAGAGGCCAUCAACUUUCAUUAUCAAAAUCUUACGGAUAAGAUUGUUGAAGUGAUUCCGCCAAAGAAGUUGAUCAGUUUACGAGUGACAAAGGAUGAGACAUGUAGUGCUUUGGAUAGGUUAACGAUUUAUGGCUGUGAUCGUGAGCGUUUCAUCGAGGAUAUACACUACCGAAAAGAGACAAUUGUUGGAUUGGCAAUGACCGAAGAUGAGCUCAUUUUCAAAGAUGCUCUCGAUUUGGCCAAAGAUUUCUCGGUGAAUCCCUAUGAUGUGCACUUUGCGAGUUUAGAAAAUGCAAUUACAAGUUUAUCUCCAUCAGUCGCAUCGAAGUUGAUCAAGGAAAGGGGUCAUAUCGCCGUUUUGCACAAGAAAAUCGAGGAAUUUCAAGAGGACAUGAGAACGGCUGUCUUCCGAUUGGUCGCUACAAAUGAUGCUUUUCGUUUGUAUCUCUCCGUCUUUGGUGAUCAAUCCUCGGAAAGAAAGGCGAUCCCGGCUUUAAAGAAGUUGGCCGAAUUCUCGGAAAAACAUCACUUGUCAUUGAACCUCAAACGUGCCUUCAACGAAGUAACCUAUUUGGCGCAAAUCUUGACGAAUUUCUCCGAUUCAGAGUUGAAUAAUUUGGCGCCGUUGUUGAAGCCAUUGCCGAAAGGACCGGAUGCGAUUGAGUCACUCGUACGUUUUCUUGUUGAGGGAACCGAAUUGAGACCGCCGGUCAAUGUGAUCACUUUGUGGACGCUGUUGGAUGGGAAUUCAGAGGCUUUUCUUGAUCUAAUUGCGAUAAAAUCGAGAGACGAAGAAAUUGCCUAUCUCAAAGCUGUACCUCCAUCAUUACCUGAAAAACUCGAUGAGCUCAUCAAGAAACGGCUCACAGAGUUGAAUGCCGACGAACAACAACAACAACAAGAGCAAGAUCCACAUCAAUCAAUCACCGAUCAUUUCUCUUUUCAAACAUUCACGGAAAAUCUAGGAUUAACUUCACGUAUGGAUGUGGCGAAUGGAUUGGAAACAACGGGACACAAAGAAGAACAUGUGAAGAUUGGAGAGAAUGGAGAGAAUGGAGAGAAUGAGCCGGGCACAUCGAAUGAUGGGAAAACGAGCGCGGAAGACGUGCGACAAGCAGCAAACAAUGAUGAGGAUGAUGAUCAAGAACAUCAUAUGUGCCGUGUAUGCCGAAAUGAUGAGGGUCAUCUCUACUAUCCGUGUCUCUGCACUGGAUCCAUCAAAUUUGUUCAUCAGGAGUGCUUAGUGGAAUGGCUCAAGUACAGCAAGAAAGAGGUCUGCGAAUUGUGUAACUACAAGUACAGCUUUCAACCCAUCUAUCGAUCAGAUAUGCCAAAAGUGUUGCCAAUUGUGGAAAUUGUGAAAGGUAUCAUGGGAAGCGUUGGACGUAUUGUGAAAACUUGGCUUCUCUACACGAUCGUUUUACUUGCCUGGGUGGGCAUUGUGCCAUUGACGGCUGCUAGAAUCUAUCAGGCUGUUUUCUCUGCGAAUAUCCACAACAUUAUCGCUCUUCCGUUGCACAUUUUCAAUACGGAGAACGUUUUGGCGGAUUGUGUCAAGGGAAUUUUCCUCUUGGCGAUUUUUGUUUGCACAUUUGUGUCAUUGGUUUGGCUGAGGGAGCAAAUCAUUCACGGCGGACCACAGGAAUGGCUUCAAUUAGAUGUGCAUAUGGACAAUGGAGAAGACGGCGAUGUUCAAAGGAGGAGAAGAGAACGAAGAGAAAGGAGAGUUGCUGCAAGAGAGCAACAAGGACAACAAGAACAGCACGAACAGCACGAAGAACAAGAACAAGUAGCACACGAUCAACAAGAGCACGCUUCUGUUGAGCAAGCCCCUCUUCGUGAAGAGUUACCGGAGGAACAAGUCGAUUUUCUACCAAGUGAAGAACAAAUUCUGUUUCAGAACCCAGAACAAGAAACGACUGAUGGCAAUGAGUCUACAGAAUCGAUAAGUACGAGUGAUAAUGAAUCGGAUGAAGACGAAGAAGAGGAUGAUACGAAUUCGAAUGAAGGCGAUGCACACGUUGAAGAGGGACAACCAGGGGCGGAAGCCGAUCCGGGUCCGGCCGCCGAGGAGGGGUGGAGAGAUUGGGAUCGAUUGGGAGAUGAGUUGACAUGGCAGCGACUCAUCGGUCUUGACGGCUCAUUUGUCUUCAUCGAACACGUCUUUUGGGUGAUCGCGCUUAACACUUUGUUCACCGUCCUAUUUGCUUUUUCUCCAUUCAAACUUGGCUCAUGGAUUCUCUUAGCGACGGGCAUUCGAGCGAAAAUCACGUUUUUCCCAUCACUUGCCUCAAUUCUUACAGGUUAUCUUGCGAUCUCAGUGAUUGUCUUCUUUGUGCACGGUAUCUGUGGAGCGUUGCGGUUCAAGGGUCUUUAUCGUUUAUUGGGAAUCGUCUACUUGGUUUUGAAGGUGUUUCUUCUUGUUUUAGUUGAAAUUGCUGCUUUUCCGAUACUUUGCGGCUGGUGGAUGGAUCUUUGCUCAUUGGUGCUCUUCCAAGCGACCCUAUCAUCUCGUAUCAAUUCUUUUGCUGCAUCGCCGACUUCUUCACUCUUCAUUCAUUGGAUGAUUGGAAUGAUCUAUGUUUUCUACUCGGCCUCAUUCGUUUUGUUGCUGAGAGAGGUGCUUCGACCUGGAGUUUUAUGGUUUAUGAGGAAUCUCAAUGACCCCGAGUUCAAUCCAAUCAUGGAGAUGAUCGAAUUGCCCGUUUCUCGGCAUUUACGACGUCUUGUUGCUUCAACGUCAUUGUUCUUCAUGGCGAUUCUGCUGGUCAUCUAUGUUCCGUUGAGGAUCAUUCAGAACAUUACUCCACAAAUCUUGCCUUACAACUUGAGCUUGACUGCCGAGACGCCGUUGAGUGAAUUGAGCUUGGAGUUGCUGAUUUUACAGAUUGUUCUACCCGCUCUUCUUGAACAAACGAGCGCGCGAGUUGUGCUGAAGAAAUUUGUUCGAGCAUGGUGCGUGGUUGUGGGACGAGUGCUGAAUUUGGAUCAAUAUCUUUUGUCGGAAAAUCAUCCACCACAACAGCAGCGACCACCACCACCACCCGAACAACAACAACAUGGGCCUGAUGAGAGGAAUCUGAUCGACGAACUGGCUGAUCUUGGAGAAGAUCCAGCUGAAGUGGAACGACAAAGAGAAGUGGAAAGAGAAGAACGAAUAGCGGAACAAAAUGCACAAGCACAGAUCAAUCCACAGAUUGACAUUGGAGAUGAUGACGGCUUAAUGGGAAACGGCGGUCUAGCGGCGGAACAUCAAGCUCUUUUGCUUCUCAGAGAACCGAUGAUAUACGAGCCCUACCAACGCCCGUCAGUGUUUCCACUUCGCAUCAUUGCCCUAUUGGUGGCGCUCUCCGUUUCGGCAACUUUCAUCAGCACUCUUUGCUUCAUUAUACCUGUUCUAAUUGGUCGUUUCUUUAUCUACACGGUUGCUGCAACGAAAAACGUUCAUGAGUUGUAUACGAUCAGCUCGGGAUUGUACAUUUGUUGGCUGUUCGCGAAGUUCUCAGCAACGUGCAUCGAGUGGUUCAAUCGUGGCCGUGCGCAACUCUCCGCACGAUUCCACUCGACUCUUCGUUGGGUCGGCCGAAUGUUGUUGGUGUUGUUCCCGGCGCUUUUCGUCAUCCCAUAUCUCAUCGGUCUCUCAUUUCAACUUGUCGUCGUUGCUCCGUUGCGAGUUGGACUUGAUCAGACACCAAUCUAUUUCCCGUGGCAAGAGUGGGCGAUGGGCGUGUUACACAUGAAGAUUUUCGUCGCUGCAGUGAUGAUGGGACCGGAGUGGUGGAUGAGGGCCGCUUUUGAGCAGAUCUAUCAACAAGGCGUCCCGGCGCUAGAUGUGCGUUUCAUUUAUCGCGAGGUUUUGAUCCCGGUGAUCGUUGUUCUUUCAAUGCAAAUCGCUGCCCCGUAUGCGCUUGGACACUUGUUGAACACGUUAUUGGGAGCAUCUCCAGAUGAGGCGGUGGUUGUGCUUCGUUUCUCGUACCCAUUUUGCCUCUCGGUGAUCGGUGUGGCUGUGUUUGUCGUCUGGCAAAUUCACAAACUGGGAGCCCUCGCUCAACAUAUCAGGAAUGAGAAAUAUCUCGUCGGCACUCAACUCGUCAACUACGAGCGACGCACUGAGGAGAAGGCUGCCGAAUCGACAGCUAGCGGAAUGGAUCUCAUC